AUGAUUGCUGACCCCGUACACAACUACACCUGCACCUUCUACGAGUGGUCUCGCAAUCCACAUCAUGCAAAAUUCUUCCGGAUCUUUUCUAUUAUUUCGGUGCUCACUGUUCUCGUAGUUGUUGUCGUACUUGGGAAUGCGCUUGUUAUUGCUGCAGUUCUGCUACGAAGACGACUACGAUCCGCUACUGGGCUUUUAAUUCUUUCGUUAGCAGUUGCGGAUCUUUUGGUAGGAACAGUUAUUCUGCCAUUCAGCAUUGCAAAUGAAGUCCUCAAUGGUUACUGGAUAUUUGGGGAGACGUGGUGCACAAUCUGGCUAACCACAGAUAUAUGGAUGUGCACAGCAUCCAUCUACAACCUUGUCGCCAUCUCCAUCGACCGAUAUAUAGCAAUAAUCAAACCGCUAAAUUAUCCAAUGUUAGUAACAAAAUUCCGCGCCCGCUGUACCGUUGCUGCCGUCUGGAUCGUCUCUUUUAUCAUCUGCAGUCCAAGCUUCUUCCUCGCGUCCUCGAUAAAAGACGUGAAUCAGGAACCUUGCAAAUGCACACCCGCCAAUGCCGGGCGCGCCUACAUAACCUUUAGUGCUUCGAGCAGCUUCUACGUGCCUAUGGUCAUCGUGAUAUUUGUUUACUUCCGCAUUUACAUCGCUGCACGGGCUGCCACUAAGAGCAUCUAUUCCGGGAUGAUGCAG